AUGCAAUGCAUUGAUAAAUGUUGUGAAUGUAUAUGGGAGACCAACAGGACAUUGAAACUUAAUGUAGAUCCGAAAACAGAUUGUGUUAUUGAUCCUUUACCUCAAUGUCUUUAUUGUGAGAAAUUAGCAAGACCAAAUGUAUUAAUGUUUGGUGAUAGGAAGUUUUUAGGGAAUCGAUUGAAUGAACAAGUUGCUCAUUAUGAAAAAUUUAAAUCUGAUAUUGUUAGAACAAAAGCCAGAUUAUUAAUUAUUGAAUUAGGAGCUGGUACAGCCGUUCCAACGGUUAGAGCAGAAAGUGAACGAAUAUUCGUCGAUUCAAGAUGGACAGCUGAUUUUAUUCGUAUUAAUCCAUUAGAUGAACAUUCCAGAAUUAAUUUUUAUUACAAAAAUAAAGGUAAAGGACAAACAAUAGAAAUUAGUCUUGAUGCAUUAACAGCUUUGGUAUUAAUUGAUGAAGCAAUCAAGAAGAAAUUGAAACAAUAA